CGUACAUUUUUUUAACCAACAAAAUGAUUUCUAUUUCAUUAAUUAUCGUUUUAAAUAUUUCUAUCGUUUUAAUGAUGAUAGUUGUAUUUUCUAAUAUUACGUUUGUGUAUCAAAUACAAUCUUCAAAAGUAUACCAACUUGUAGAUGAUCUAAUACCAGAUUAUGACAAGUAUAUGAAAAGAAAAAUGAAAUCAUAUGAAAAAAAAUUGGAAAUUGAUCAUUACUUUCACGUAAUAUACAAUUUAUCAGCCAGAAAAAUUCCAUUGCCAAGUGUCAAAUAUGAUGAGUUUGUAAAACAAACAUAUAUAUUCUGUAGAUCCGAAUAUAAAUUUCCUGAUUUUGCAGUUCAAGAGCAUUAUAUUCCCAAAUUCGAAAAAAAUAUUGAAGAUUUCUUACAUUGCUUAGCACACAAUGAUAUAUCCAAGUUCUUUGAACCAAUAAUUAUUAUGUUUGUAAGUAGCUUCUUCUGCUGCUCGAUUAUCGCGUUCAAUUUUUCGAUCUGGUCUGGCGUGAGUAUGGAACUGUUGUCGGAUGAGUGA